CUUACGCCACAACUCGCGCGCGCACGAAAAGGGAUAAAGCUCAUUGCUACGCAGUCGAAGUUGCAGCGGCGAUGGCUUCUCUUCUCCCUUGCUCUUUUUUCUCUCUCCCCCUUUCCUCUCUCUCUCCCGAUCACUGCCCACUUGCCGCUUUUAACCUAGACCAGGCCGAAGAAAGAAUAAACUCUCUCUCCAGUGCAGUUUCAGGAGCCCCAGAGGGAGGGAAAGACCGGAGGAGGGCGGUGCGGAUUGCGUGGGAGAAGCUGGUUCGUUGGUCCCGCUCAUGGCGUUCGAGGGCCAGGAUCGACGUUCUCCAGCAGACGAAGAAGGUUGUGGUUCUUGGUGGGGGAUCUUUUGGCACUGCAAUGGCAGCACAUUUGGCGGGUAAGAAGGCCGAUAUGGAGGUGGCUAUGCUUGUUAGAGAUGGUAUAGUUUGUCGUCUGAUUAACGAAACACAUUGUAAUUGCAAGUACUUCCCUGAUCUUAAGCUUCCAGAAAAUAUAGUUGCAAGCACCAGUCCAAAGGAUGCUUUACACGGAGCUGAUUUUUGUUUGCAUGCUGUACCAGUUCAGUUCAGUUCAUCCUUUCUUGAAGGAAUUUCCCAGCAUGUUGAUCCAAAUCUGCCUUUCAUCUCUAUUAGCAAAGGCUUGGAGUUAAAUACCUUAAGGAUGAUGUCUCAGAUAAUUCCACAAGCACUAAGAAGUCCUCGCCAGCCAUUCGUUGUGCUCUCAGGCCCUUCCUUUGCAGUGGAACUGAUGAAGAAAUUGCCUACAGCAAUGGUGGUGGCCUCAAAAGAUAAAAAGCUUGCAAGUGCUGUUCAACAACUAUUAGCUUCCCCUAAUCUGAGAAUAAGCACAUCCAGUGAUGUUACAGGGGUGGAAAUAGCAGGCGCGUUGAAGAAUGUUCUUGCUAUAGCAGCUGGUAUCGUAGCGGGUAUGAAUCUUGGAAAUAAUUGUAUGGCUGCCCUUGUUGCACAAGGUUGUUCAGAGAUAAGAUGGCUGGCGACUAAGAUGGGAGCGAAGCCUACAACCAUAACUGGUCUUUCUGGAUCUGGUGACAUUAUGCUUACAUGCUUCAUAAAUCUUUCACGGAAUAGAACUGUUGGACUUCGCCUUGGGUCAGGGGAGAAACUUGAGGACAUUUUAAGUUCAAUGAGUCAGGUGGCUGAAGGUGUAUCAACUGCUGGUGCUGUUAUUGCACUUGCUCAGAAGUAUAACGUAAAACUGCCCGUCCUUACCGCUGUUGCUCAGAUAAUUGAUAACGAAUUAACUCCAAAAAAAGCUGUUAUGGAGUUGAUGAGCUUACCUCAGGUUUCUUUCUAUUCUUUUAUUAUUGUUCCUUGUCCCAUCUAAUGAGUAAAAUGUUAAAAUACUCCCUCAAAUUUUUUACAUGGGUCAUUUUAGUCCUAGAGUCCAUAAAAGUGGCAAAUUAGUCCCCAAACUCAUUAAAUUGGGGCCAAAAUAUUGCUUUGUAGGGAUUAUUUCAGCCCAUAUUAAAAGAGUGGUACUAAAAUGAUACUUUUAUAGACUUCCGGACUAAAAUGACCCCCUACAAAGAGUUAGAGAACUAUUUUGACAAUUUUCUCCCCAUUUAAUGAAUCAUAACCUCCUUUAGUUGGUGUAUCCCUUGAAAUCAGCUCCGGCCAGUAUAAAGCGUAGAUUUAAAAAAAUGCUAAGAUGUUUGAAACUCUAGUUUUUACAGAAUUUGGUUGGAACCAGUACACAGCAUAUUCGUGCUUUGCCAAUGCUAGUUUUUACAUAAGGACAGGUUCUUAGGCCAAUAGCUUAGGCAUUCUAGCUGAGAAGCACUAAGGUAUAAUGGGUGGCUUAAAUUGUUACCAGCACGUUAUGGUGGCUAUUCGAAUUUAUCAGUUCUUUACUAAGCUUUCUAGAGGCAGAAAUGUUAGCUCUAGGCAAGAGGGUCCUUGAAGCUAAUUAUUUUUUAUUUGUGUCAUAGUUUGCUUUGUUUCUAGCCUUUUUUAAAGCAUUUUCUUAGACCAUUCAACUGUCCUUUAAGUCAUGUGGAAACCAUAUAUGACUUCAGACUAAUUUCAGUGUGAAGAUUAGAUCUUUAUAUUAUUCU